CGCCCGGUAAACUCGCACGACAGGUCGCCGGCGACCGACGACUACCGCUCCGCCAUCAGUCUACGGGGCACACCGUUCGCAAUUGCGUCUCGUCUUACGCAGUUCGUUUUCAGUUAUUUUGUAGUUUCGUCGCGUUUUCGUGUCGCGUUUCACGUGUGCCGAACACGCUACCGCCGGGUCGCAUACGUAUCGCAGCCACGAACCGCAUAUCGUCCGUCCUACACCGGCCGCGUUUCGGAUUUUGGUAUACACGGGAUUUCUCUGUGCGCAUGUGACCCGUGAUGUGAGAGACGGUACCGACGAACGUCGUCCAAACGCGUUACAGGGCAUGUGAAAUAUUUAUAUACCACGGUGGGAGCACACGCGAAUAUAUACAAUCGCAGCAGUGAACACGACGCAUAUUAGUACCACCGGUCUCGCAAAGAGUAGUAGGUAGCCGAUCGUUGAACGGUAGUGGGCGAGGUCCGUCGGCCGCCGCCAUGAGCAUGAUGAUGAUGAUGAGACCGUCCGACUCAACGCCCAUCUGUCGGUGCCGGGUUCUGUACCUGGGAUCGGCUGUGCCGCACAUCACCAAGGAUGGGCUUCAGGGCAUACAAGAGCCGCUCAAAGAGCUGUACCCGGAACAGGGGGCCCUGGGGGCCCGCGGCAUCGACUCUUGGCUGAGCGUUUGGAGCAACGGCCUGUUGCUGGAGAACGUGGACGAGAACCACAAAAAGAUCACUCGGUUCUUCCCGAUCGAGUCACUGCACUACUGCGCUGCGGUCCGGUUCGUCCUGGUGCCCGAGAAGUCUAACGGGUCGUCGCAGCCGCGAUUCUUGCCGCUGGACUCACCGUUUGCCCGGUCCCCGAAUCCCAACCACCCACCACUGUUCGCAGCCAUACUGCGACGGACUUCCGGCAUCAAGGUACUCGAGUGCCACACGUUCAUAUGCAAGCGCGAGAUGGCCGCUAAUGCGCUAGUCCGGUGCUGUUUCCACGCUUACGCUGACUCGUCGUACGCUAAACAAUCGGAUGGCGGCGGCACGAACGGUAAUUCCAACGGCGCCGGUGGCCACAGCAUAUACGGCACGGUGAGGACCAACAGGUCGGUGGGCAACAAUACAAUCGAGAAGGUGGAGGGCUGGCGGCGCAUGACCAACGGCGGCGGGACGGCGGGCAGCACCCUGACACUUAACAGCGCCCACUCCAACGGUAUCACCAUGCUGGAGGCGUCCACGAAUUCCAUCGACGACCUGUCUGAGUGUAACGGUGACGAGAAUCACAAAGUGUGGGUGGGCAGCACCAAAGACAUAUCGGAAAAAGAAGACCUGUACGGCACCGGAAACACGAUGCGCAGCUCGCGAUCCAGCAGGCCCAGGCAACUGGUUGGGGGCGCCCCACCACCACCGCCACCACCGCCACCGAUCAGGGAUGACAGUAAUAAGUCAGCGACAAAGAAAGCAAAGGAGAGGCCACGCCGCAAGAGAACGCCGACUGGCGGAAGUCGCGAAGACCUGUACGCGCCAUCAAUGAACGGUUCGCUCAUGAGAUCUGUGCACGGUGGCCGGAGUUCGGUAUCGCUCAACGGCACCAUGGUGAGCCGGGGUCCGCCUAGAGGGUUCAUGCAGUAUCAGCAGCCUCCACCACCGCCACCACCGCCCAACCACAUAUACUCCAACGGUGGGGGUGGCACCAUGCUCAGACCCGUUAACGGCUAUCACCCACAUCCGCCACAUCACCCACAUCACCACCAUCCGGGAAUGAUGCAGCCGCCACCUCCGCCGCCCAUUAUGAUGGUGCCCACCACACUGCCGCACCCCAAGAAGAUGCACAAGAUGAAGCCAGGAAUGAUGCCAGUACCCAGACCUGGCAUGAUCCCAGCAAACUACGUGCCGGUGCCCAUGUACAUGCACACCGGUAAGAAGCCCAAGAAUGGAGUGUCCGUGCCUGUUCCAAUGGCCAUGGAAGAACCGAUAUACAUGCCUUCCGCCCGGCCGCUGAGUCCGGUCGCGUCCUAUCAACCCGAGCACUUCCCGCACGAGGCGUACCUGAUGCAGCAGUACGCCAACAGCGUCAAUCACAUGAACAACAACAACAUAAACAAUAACGGGCCGGCGCCCAAGACCAAGAAGGGAAAAAAGGACAAGAAAUCCAAGGACUCGGCAAACGGAAUGAUGCCACCGCUGAUGGUGCCACAAUUGAUGGUCAACGGCGGCGCUGGUGGAGGCGGAAUGAUGAUGAUGCAUCAGCAGCAACAGCUGCAGCAUCAACCGCCGCCACCACCCGCUGGACCACCGCAGUUGGCCGUAAACGGGCACAGGGUCAACGGCAACGGCAUGAUGUCGGCGGGACAUGACGAGAUGACUGACGACACGGAGGACUCGGUGUACAGCACCGGAAUAUACCGGCGGAAGGGACACCUCAACGAGCGGGCGUUCUCGUACUCGAUCCGGCAGGAGCACCGGUCCCGGUCGUACGGGUCGCUGGCCAACCUCAAGUUCGCCGCGCCGCCAAUCGUGCCGAACGGCGUGGACGGGGUACCGAACAAGGUGGACAUCAAGAAGGAACGGGAGAUCAUGCAGAUGAUGCAGGACCUGGAGCUGUCGGGCGACGAGCUGGACCGCGCCGACCAGGUGGUGCACCACCAGAAGCAGAGCAACAACGUGGCGCACCAUCAGAGGCCCGUCAAGACGAAGCGAUAACGACCACCACGAUAUUAUUGACGUCAAAGCGGACCGGUACUACGACCGCCUGCAGUUUUCUUUGACGAGAGAAUUUGCCGAGCGGACAUACAACACAUAUAUUACAACCACUACUCCUGCUGCAGCCGUGAACAGUUCUUUUUUUACGGAUUUAAUAUGUUAUUAAUUAUUUUUAGUUCAUUUUAGUGUAAGAUAUUGCCUAUAUUAUUUUAUUUAUAAAAAACGAUAAAAAGAAAAUACGUUUUAAAUAUUUACGUCAUAUUGUACAUAUACAUAUUAUCAUUAUAAUAUGUAUAUAUUAUAGCGAGUGAACGCACAGGCAUUUUGUUUUACGUAUAUUUUCGUCGUUACUAAACACUCGUUGGUUUGUUGUAGCCCAGUCGUGUCAUAAAAAACCAAAUAAACGCGCUAAUGUGUGCGUUAUUGUAUUGGCUUUUUUUUCACGGUUUCAUUUGUGAGAAGGUCUUCUAUUAUACCAAAUAUGAACUCGACCUGACACCAUAAUUUCAGUUUUAUGUUAAAUAUAUACUUAAUUAUUAUUAUUAUUAUUUUUUUAUACGAAAAAACGUAUGACACGGCACUGUAAUAAGUGUUAUGAAAUUUGUGUUGGAUAGGAAAAAAACGAAAAUUUGUAAUAGCUAGGUACGUUUAGUUCGUCCGACACGUGUUUUAUUAUUACAGGCUACAGCUAAUGCCCAUGCAUAAUUUUUCUUGCGCUAGUAUACAACUACGUUUUCUUUUGUAGAUAUUAUUAUUAUGACGCGUAUUAAAAAAUAAAUAUUUUAUUUAACUACGGUUUUGCUCAAUAAUCUUCUUAUUUUUUAUUAUUACUACUAUUUUUUUUUUUGUUCUUAACAAUGUGUUAAUAUGUCAAAUAUAUUUACCAGUUGAGAGAUAAUAAUUACUUAAUUCAAUAAUAAUUGUUUGUGGCUAAUAACACAAGAAUGACAUAAAAACUUAUUAUGUAAAGUAUGGACACGGAUAAUACUUAUUUUUAUUAGUUUGAAAAAUAAAAAAAAUGCCUCGCGUGGUAUCGACCAUAUCGAGAUUUUAUACUUUCAAACCGCGUGGUAGAAUGAUCAACUGAGAAAAGACUGAUCGUAAAAUUUACCACGAACGCGCGCACUUAAAACCGAAACCCGAGAAUAUCGUUAUUUGCCUAUAAUUUGUAAAACGAUAUUUUCGUGAGGGUCUGUAUACAGAAUAAAGUCUCCUCAGUUGAAAAAAAAAAUGAGCAUUUAAUAGCCGGCCGUACCUACUGUACAUAUUAAGUAUAAAUUAUUAUUAUUAUUAUUAUUGAAUCGACGACUGAUGUAACGAGUAGGGAUAUAGCGUGCCAUUUUUAUGCUUUUACAAAGAAUGGUAUUUUCUAUUAUAGAAUUUUAUUGAUUAAUAUUAUUAUUAUUAUUAUUAUUAUUAUUAUUAUUAUUAUCAUCGUGUAUGACUUAAUAUAGAAAUGCUGUUAUUAAAAAUAUGUUAAAUAAAAUAUACGAUUUUUCAUUGACGUCUAUUUA